AUGAGCCUCCCGCUAACGCCCUUGACCCCUCACUCACUCAGGACCUUUCCCGCUUUACAUCAAAUCUUCCUCCAGCCCAAUCGAUGCUUCUCCGCUUCUCUUCACCAGAAAAAGCGCGUUUUAGGAGCCAUAGCCCACAUCAAUUCUGGGAAAACAACCACGUCGGAAGCCAUGCUGUACACCGCCGGUGCCUUACGUCGCAUGGGCAACGUUGACGUCGGUGAUACCACAUUGGACUACCUUCCCGAUGAACGAGAACGCGGAAUCACUAUUAAUGCAGCUGCUGUCUCGUUCAACUGGAAGGAUCACCAAAUCUUUCUGGUCGACUCCCCGGGACAUCUCGACUUUACCUUUGAGGUUGAAAGGGCUCUCAAGGUCAUGGAUAGCGUAAUCGUUCUCUUGGAUGCCGUAUCUGGUGUACAGCCGCAAACUGAGACUGUUUGGCGUCAGGCAGAUUCAAACGCCUUGCCAAGAGUCGUAUUUGUAAACAAAAUGGACAGAGACGGCGCAGACUUUGAAAAAUCUGUCUCAUCAAUAUCCCAGUGUUUUGUGUCCACGCCAUGCGUUAUCCAAUACCCCAUAUUCCACCAACGGUCAAAAAAGUUUGACGGCGUCUUUGAUCUCUUAACUCUCUUUGAUUAUGUGCCCGGACAGAAUGGCUUGAUCUUUAAGAACCCUUCGGGUGAUGACGUUGUUGCUUCUCUUACCGAUCUCAGUCCAGAACAACAAGUGAGCAUUCAAAAAGCUGCAAACACAUUAGUUGAAACUGUAGCCGAUGUCAACGAUCAAGUCAUGUCACUAUGGUUGGAUGAAAGCCCAAUUCCCCGAGAAGUUAUGACAUCAGCUGUGCGCCAGGCCUGCAUUCAUGGAAAGUUGGUCCCUGUCCUGUUCGGAUCCUCACUCCGGGGCAUAGGCGUAGAGCCAUUGCUCGAUGCAGUCGUUAAUUACCUCCCUUCACCAGCUGAAAGAUCUCCAGUGAAGGCAAGAUCGAAGCAUGGGGAUGAAGUUGUCAUCCCCAUGUCGGAAAAGUCGCCGUUCUUAGCAUACGCAUUCAAAGUUUCACAUGACAAACAUCGUGGGAGACUAGUUCAUUUCCGGGCCUUUUGUGGUGACUUAAAGCACUUUCGCGGACCUUUUCUGAAUACCACAAAAGGGAAGAAAGAGACGCCAACAAAAAUUUUGCGAGUCCUUGCUGAUAAAUACGAGGAAAUCCAGAUCAUUUCACCCGGGGACAUAUUUGCAGCGGUUGGUCUCAAGCAAACAGAGACCGGAGACACUUUGGUUCUCAUGCGAGAUCCGCCCUCAUCACAAGUCAUUCUGAGUGGAGUGAAGGCUCCUCCUCCAGUCUUCUCAGUCGCUUUGGAAGUGGAAGGGGCCGUCCAAGAGCGGGAGCUAGAAGGCCUUUUGGCGCGCAUUGUCCAGGAAGACUGCUCCAUGGAACAGACUGUUGAUAACGAAACGGGAGAAACAUUGCUGUCCGGAAUGGGAGAGCUCCACCUUGAAGUAGCUGUUGGCAGACUAUCUCGCAGCCUUGGUUUCCCUGUUCGCAUGUCCCGACCACGCGUUUCAUACCGCGAGACGAUCACAGAAUCAGUGGAAAGCGUAGAAGUUUACGAUUGCACCAUCGGAUCGAGUAGAUUUCAGGCUACGCUCAGAGUGAAGAUCGAACCACACGCACCUAAGUCAAGUCAUUGUGCUAAUCUGAUUGAUAUUUCGGACGAGUUUUUCAGCUUGGCCGAACGGGAAGCUAUCGCAGACGGUGUGAAUGCUGCUCUCGGCAGGGGCCCUUUGCUUGGAUCUUCGGUGACAAAUUUGAAAGUCUCAGUGUUCUCAGCUACUGAUGCUGCAGCCGACACAGGGGCAAGAAACAACUUCACAGCCCUUCGUGGUUGUGCACGAAAAGCAAUUCAGAGUGUGAUACGGAAUGCUACACCGAGAGUGCUUGAACCAGUCAUGAGAGUGCAUCUUGUGGUUCCAACCAAUAAGUCAAUUAAGUGCAAUUGA